AUGGGCUUCAUGGUCGCGGAAUUAGUGAGUGCUAUCCCCGAAGCUGGAGGACAUGCGUACUGGGUUGCAUUGGCUUUCGGACCGGCAUGGGGGCUUCAGGCAGGCUUCUGGGCGUGGGUGGGAAAUUGCAUGCACUGUGCUGCGUAUGCGUCGAUGGGUAUUAGCUCCAUCUAUCAGGCUGCUGGUUGGAAGAACAUGCCGGUGUUGGAAUACACGAUGCGAGCUGGGCUGAGUAUGCUGCUGGCGCUGCCGAGCUUCUUCCAUCUACGAGUCGUCAGCUACGCGGCGGGGUCGCUCAUCGCAUUUGUAUUGAUACCGUACCUGUUGGUUGCUGUCUGGAGCGCCGUACAAGCCGAUGAUUGGGAAAAGCUGCGUGAACUUCCUGACACUGCUCUCAAGGAUGAGAACACAAAUCUGGGCUAUGAAAAUCUCGUGACGGCGCUUGUCUGGAACUUCAACGGCUUCCAGAACCUGUCCGUCUUCGCGAAUUGUGUGCACGAUCCGUCCCGCACAUUUCGCCGUGUCAUCCUUAUCACGCUCGUACUGAUUCCAUUAUCAUACUUCGUGCCCAUUUUCUCUGUUAUCGCUUUGAGCGAUGCAGACUGGAAGACGUGGACAGGCUCCGGGACUGCAGUCUACAAUGCGGCCAAGCAUUUGGGUGGCUCCAUGUACACCGCCUGGAUUACUGUUGUGGCACUCGUAUGCGAGGCGGGGCUCUACAUCGGUGGUUUACUGUGCAGCGUGCAUUUGGCGUGCGGUAUGGCUGAGAAGAACUUCGCGCCGUUCUCUCUUCGCUUAUCAGGGAUGGCACGACCAAACGUCCAUGGCAUCGACCACAGUGUGCUGUUCUGCAGCCUCGCAAUUAUCCUCAUCGUGGUGGCCAUCACGAUCAAGGACAUGAUUAUGAUAUCCAAUGCGUUGGCUGGACUAGAGACCAUGAUACUCAUCGCUGCUGCAGUGCGACUACGCGUGACGAUGCCCGAUCUCCCUCGCUCGACUUAUAUAUGUAGGAGAUCACGCUUGCUGCUUACGUCUUCAGCAUUAUUGGUGCCGUUUGUUGUGUCUGGCUUCGUCAUCGUCUGGGCCUUCGCAGCGCUCAUCCCAGCCGCGCUCACCGGUGUAUUCCUCUUCAGCGGGCUUAUUUACGGCCUGCAAACUGAUCUCAAGGACUUCCGACGCACGUACGAACCCGUGCGUACAAUUGAAACUGCUUAA